AUGUCAAGUUACGGAGCCUCAACUCCUGAUAGAAGAAGAUCUCAAGAUUCAGAUAGACCGAUUUUCUUAAACGAGCUCUCAUUAAGCAAAAUCGAAAACAAACUUUCAGCUCAGGUAGGAAGCUCAUCCUUAAACCUUGGCGAUGCGUUUAUUGGAGAUGAAGGUUGUGGCUUAGUUGCGCAAUUUUUAAAAGAUAAUAUUGGAGUUCACAGUGUGGAGCUUCGCGGCAACAAUAUAACUGGCGAAGGUCUCAGGCUCUUAGCCUCAGCUCUUAGAGGGCAAACUUUUGUCCGCAACAUAUCACUAGAGUGGAAUAAUCUAGGAAACAGCCUAAAGUCUUUAACUGAUGCACUGGCUUAUAAUGAGUCCGUCCAAACUUUAGAUCUAAGAAAUAACAGAAUUGGACCUGAAGGAGCUGGGUAUAUUGCUGAUUUGUUAGAAACCAAUAAGUCUAUUACAAAAAUCGAUUUAAGAUGGAAUGAUAUUGGUUCAAAUGGAGCAAGAGCAAUUAUAUCAGCUUUAAGAAAGCCACACGCAAUCCAAGUGCUCGAUUUAUCAGGAAAUAAGAUUCCAGAAGAGCUUUUGCAGCAGGUUGAGCAAGCUAUAAAAGGAACUGAUCAGCCUCAAAACAGAUCACGAUAUAGCAGUCCUAAAAGCCUUUCAAGGAGCAUGGAAAGGACAGCUUCUAGAGAUUUUUCUGAUGACAUCCAUCAAAAACUAGAAGCUCAAAUACUAGCCAAUGCAAGAAGUGAAUCAAAAAUUAAUGAAUUAGAGCUUCUGUUAGAUCAAGAAGCCAGAAGAAGCACUGAAAUGAGAAAUGACUUUUUAGGAGAACUGGAAAAUGAAAAAGCCAAAAGGACGAUGGCUGAAGAAGCAGUUAUGAUACAAAAAGAGGAAUCUUUUAAAAGAGAAAUGGAAGAUAGAAGAAUUAUCCAAGAUUUAGAAACCAAACUGAGCAGAUCUAACAAUGAAAAAGGAAUUUUAAGUCAAGAGUUAGAAAAUCUCCAAGAGCAGUUCCAAAAAUUGCAAAGCUCGGCUAUGGAAAGAUAUAGAGCUUAUGAUGAAAAGAUCACUCAGCAGGACAGACUUUAUAAACAAUUAGAAGAAACCAGCAGAAAUAAUUUGGAUAGGACUAAAAAAGAGCAUUUACAAGAGGUCUUUGAAAUUAAUAGAGAUUACACUAAUAAGCUUGAGGAAGCAGAAGAAAAUAUCAGAAAUUUAAGAGCAGCGAGAGAAGCACUAGAUAAUGAAACUAAAAAUCUUAGAGGACAAAUAGCUCAGUUAAAAUCUUCCCAUCAAGAAGCUUUGACUGAUCAAGAUUUCAAAAUCAGAGAAGAAGAAACUACUAAAUUUAACAGCACAUUAAAAGGCCUUGAAAUCAGAAUGAGAUCAAUUGAAGAUUCAAGAGAAAAUUUAAACAAAAGAAACCAAGAUUUGCAGCGUGAAAUCAUUCAAAACGAAAAAAGAGCUUCUGAGCAAGCUAAUGCAUUAGAGUCUACAAUAGGCCAGCUUAGAGAAGAAAGAGCGGAACUUCAAAGGCAGCUUACCAAGGCUAAUGCUACAAUUGAAAGCUUAAGAGGAGACAUUUAUAUGCUGAAUACCAAUUUAGAGAGAUCUAGAGGCGAAAAUGAUGAGCUGAGCGAAACAUUGAAUGAAAGAAAAGAAGCCCAUAUGAAGCAGCUUGAGACACUUCUACAAGAACAGACUGCUGAAAGAAAGCAAAUGGAAAACACUAGAGAAAAUUUGGCAAGUCAGAUUAACGAUUUGGAAGUAGAUUUAAUGAAGACCACAAAAGACCGUGAUAGGAUUUUGAAUGAAUAUAAUUAUCUCUCAGAAAAUCUUAAGCAGAAAACAGUGGCUUUGAUUCAAGAUACAGUUAUUGCGCAUUUAAGAAAGUUGGAAGCGGAAUCUUAA